AGAGACAGCAGAGGGCUGAAGUCAUCAGCCGGCCGGCAGGAGGGGAGUGAAUGGGUCCUGCACGCAAAGCAGAAAAGCGCUGAAACUGCGAAGAUUCACUUUUUGGAUCCGUUGCGCUGCCGCCGACCGCGAGCGAGAGGAGGUGUGUGUGUAUGUGUGUGUGUGAACUACGAACCCUUCGACUCACAGAUUUUUUUUCUCCAUUUUUUUGUGAUUAUAAGUGUUGGUCCUGCGGUGGCUUUCACUUUUUUUGUGUGCUUUAGCUGAUGCUGAGAUGAGACCGAGAGCCUCAGCGCGCCUGGCACAUUAGGGUGUCCACGCCGGGACGCACGGCGCAUCUCACGGGGAGAGAGGUCAAUUUGGAGUUCUGCACAUGGAUGUUACAUCUCAAACUUUCUGAGAUUGUUAGCCAUGAAUAAUACGUUCUAAUCAUGUUUGCCGACCUACACUGAUGGUUGAUUUUGCUUCCCCCCUGCGCGCACCGGAUGAGAAAAGAGCUUUUUGGCGUGUCUGUUUGUUUGUUGAUUUGUUUUUGGAGGGAAUGUUCUUUAUCACAGCACGGAUAGCGGAUCCCUGACUCAAUCCGGCACCGAUCCUGUCCAGGAUGUUACAUUCAAAACGGCCCAAGUAUCAAUGGGCCACCGGACACUUCAUUGACCAUAUAUCACCACAUAGCUGGGGGUCCUGCUGUGUCUGAGAGGAGUACUCAGCCCUCCGCGCUCUGCCUCCGUCUGGGGGGGGAAGAAACGGAAUCGUAUCCAAUAAGUGAUUUGGUGAACAUUGACAUUGGCUUUACGAGUCUCACCCCCGGGCUACUAUGCAAUUACAACUGAUCUCCUUUGUUUUGAUCAUCUUGCACUGCAUGGAUUACACUGGUUGUCAGCCGCACAGCAGCUCCAGGCACCGGCAACAUAAACAGAUCCCUGGUGUGAGCUCGGGGUGCCAGCAGGGUGGCUGUCUGACCUGCUCUGACUACAAUGGCUGCCUGUCCUGCAAGCCGCGCUUCUUCAUGCACUUGGAGAGGAUUGGGAUGAAGCAGAUCGGGGUGUGCAUGACCUCCUGUCCUCCGGGCUUUUACGGCACGCGCUCCCCAGAAAGAAACACCUGCACAAAGUGCAGGUCGGAGUGCGACUCCUGCUUCAACAAGAACUUCUGCACGCGCUGCCGAGCAGGAUUCUACCUUCACCUGGGCAAGUGCCAGGAGAACUGCCCCGAGGGGCUGGCCCGCAGCGACACACAGAGGGAGUGUGUUCCAAAGUGCCCUGCAGAGUGUGAGUCGUGUGUCAACAUUGAGACAUGCACACGGUGCCGGCCAGGCCUGUACCAGCUCAGCGGGAGGUGCCACCAUGUCUGUCCAGAGGACUACGAGCCCAAUGACAAACUCAUGGAGUGCACAGCACAAGUGCACUGUGAUGUAGGAGAGUGGAGCGAGUGGAGCCCCUGCUCUCGGUCCGGUAGAACCUGUGGCUUCAAGCGGGGUCAGGAGACCCGCACGCGACAGGUCCUCCAGUACCCGUCUCCCUUUGGCAACCCCUGCCCCGAGAUCUCAGAGGUCAAAGAGUGCCUGGUCAAGAGGAGGAAAUGUAUAGGUAAAGACAAAGGAGUCCGGAGGAAGAACAAGCAAAGGGAACGGAGGAACCGAAACAACAGGAAAGAUAAGGAGAACCAAGAGAGCCGACGGGAGAGGAAGAGAGAGAGGGAGCGAGACCCAGGUGAACGUGAAGACUCUGAUAACAGGAACAAAACGGAGCACAGGCAUCGCAGAGGCCACGACACAGAACCGGUGUCAACUGGAGACGGCCUUGUGCAGUAGUGCUCUGGACAGACAAAGUCUAGCACCAACCCACCCUCCUCCACCUGUUGCCCUCCCAUUCAUACUUCUUGAAAAAACUUCCCCCCACCUCACCCACUGUUCACCCCCCCCCUCGACCCCUCUCUGCGGGGGUGUUGCUGCUACCUGUAUGAUUUGAAUAUAAUGUUUAUGCACAAACAAGAUGGGGCACAUUCAGCCACAAGGCCUGGGCCACUACAGACUUUAAAAAGUCUUUUUUUUUUUUAAAUCUACCCUGUAGCCUCUACUCCUUUGCUUCCACCACUGAGAGUGAGUCUCUAUUGAAAAGUGCAGGGGACACUGCUGAGACUGCUGCAGGGACUGAAUAACAGAGAGAGCAGACGUCUGUGGCUGUGUGGAGGACCAGCAGACAGACAGGCAGACGGACAGACAGAGACGUUCUACUAUGACUGUGCUUGUUGAUAUGGUUAUUUAAUGGGGCCCCCAGUACAACAUUGCGCGUCUUGGUUUUUGAAUGUAGAUUUUUGCAACAUUAUGUAGAACAAUUGUUUAUUAUUGUUGUUCCUGUUCUUUAGAUCUCUUUAUUUUAUUUGGUGCAGAAUUUGUAAAGAAAAAAAAAUGAAAAGUGAGUUUGCUAUUGCCAUCUUGUGACAUUUCAUAAUCACUGCAAAUGACAGAUGUAGGAGAGCCUGCGUGCUGCGGAUCCAAGGGUCAAAAACUGAAAAGCAUUAACAUGUGUUCUGCGCGUCUCGGACUGAAGCUAGUUUUAUCCAAAUAUGUGAUAAAUCUAAUCUACUCUUGUUUUGUUUUUUUCUUUUUGUGUAAAUGGAAUCUGUGCUCUCAGUAAAAGCUCCCUGACUAGGAACCAAAAGCACCUGUAUGUCAAAUAAAACUAUAAUGGGUUUGUAUCUGCGUCUGUUGUUAUCUGUUUAUCAUGUUACUCCCCAUCUUGUGCAAUCGACACGCUAUAAACCACCUCGGAGUUGACAGAAAACAAGUACAGUGUGCAGCUAUCAAAUGUUGAGUCAAAGGUUGCCGUGAGCCCAUCUGGGUGAAGUAGUAGGGCAUCACAUUAUGUAAUAACAUUUGUAAGCCAUCUCUGAGAGGUCAAAAAGCCUGAAAAUACUCUGUGGCAACCAUCUUAUCAUGCCUACUAUAACUUGCUCCUCACUCAAACAUGUCUUUCAGGGUAAUCAAGCUACAGCAGUUCUUACUUUUCACCACUGGGCAUUUUGCAGACAGCAGGCCCUUUUUAUUUAUUACAAACUGUGAAACCUAUCAUGUAGCUACAACCUCACAGCAAGAUAUACAUUCCUAACUGAUGUGACUCAAGUGUUCAAUUAGUUUAAACCACCUCUUUUAACCUUUCUAUGAACCAGAAUUGUAUUGUGAGAUGAAGGUGUAUCAUUU